AUGGCGAUCCCCCGGGCCAGUGUGCAAAGGUUGCAACAGACGCUUUCGCAUGUCCAACCAGCGAAAGGGCCAGUGCAGCUCUCGAUUGUCGAAGGUCCGACCCAGCCGGAGUUGCUGGAUAUCACACUUGGAGAGCUACUGACGCUGCAGGCACUGCGGUAUGGCGACUACGAAUGUCUGGUUUUCCCCUGGACCGGCGCAAGGUGGACAUACCGCGAUCUGAAGGAUGAAGCAGACCGCCUGGCGCGCGGGCUGCUGGCCAUGGGCAUCCAAAAGGGCGACCGGAUUGGCAUCAUGGCUGGUAAUUGUGAGCAGUACAUCUCCGUGUUCUUUGCUGCUGCUCGCGUUGGGGCCAUCCUGGUCGUGCUCAACAACACCUACACCCCGUCGGAGCUCUACUAUGCGCUCAAUCACUCCGAAUGCCGUUUGUUAUUCAUGACGCCUCGCAUUGGGCGUCAUAAUCUGGAAGAGGUUCUCACGGAACUGGGUCCCCGCCCCAAACAGAAUGCAACCUCCAAGGCACUGGAGGAGACCAUCAUCCUCCGUGGCGAGUACAACGACUUCGGCACCUAUGACUCGGUCAUUCAGCGCGGUUUAUCACAGGCCGCUCAUGUGCUGCAGGACCGAGAGUCUGAACUGCGGUCAGGCGAUGUGUGCAAUCUGCAAUUCACCAGCGGUUCGACCGGUAACCCCAAGGCCGCCAUGUUGACACACCACAACCUUGUGAACAACUCCCGAUUCAUCGGUGAUCGCAUGGACCUCACCUCUUUUGAUAUUCUCUGCUGUCCACCGCCGCUUUUCCACUGCUUCGGGCUGGUCCUAGGCAUGUUGGCAGUUGUGACGCAUGGGUCAAAGAUUGUCUUCCCCAGUGAGACCUUUGACCCGCAGGCGGUGCUGCAUGCCAUCUCGGACGAGAAGUGUACCGCUCUGCACGGUGUGCCCACAAUGUUUGAGGCGAUCCUGAGUAUUCCCAAGCCUCCUCAAUUCGAUACAUCCAACCUCCGCACAGGAAUCAUUGCCGGUGCUCCAGUGCCCCGCCCACUCAUGAAACGGCUGCUUGGGGAAUUGAAUAUGAGUGAAUACACCAGCAGCUACGGACUGACGGAAGCUUCUCCUACCUGCUUCAACGCCUUCACUACCGACAGCAUCCAUACGCGACUCACCACUGUCGGCAAGGUGUUGCCGCAUGCACGCGCCAAAAUUAUCGAUACACAAGGCAAUCUCGUGCCCGUUGGCCAAAGAGGAGAGCUCUGCAUUGCCGGCUACCAGCUCACCAAGGGAUACUGGCAUAACCCCGAGAAGACGGUGGAGACGCUUGUGACCGAUGCCGACGGGGUCACUUGGCUGAAGACGGGCGACGAGGCCUCAUUCAACGAGCAGGGCUAUUGUACCAUCACUGGGCGAUUCAAAGAUAUCAUCAUCAGAGGCGGCGAAAACAUCUACCCCCUCGAAAUCGAAGAACGGCUCACGGCGCACCCACAGAUCGAGCUCGCGUCCGUCAUUGGGAUCCCGGACCAGAAAUAUGGCGAGGUGGUGGGCGCGUUCAUCGCACUGGCGGCGGGUGAUGGCCCACGUCCAUCGGACGAGGAUCUUCGCGCCUGGACCCGCGAGACGCUCGGCCGGCACAAGGCGCCACAGUAUGUAUUUGUGUUUGGCGAGGAGGGCGUAUCGAGCACAGUUCCAGUGACCGGCAGCGGAAAAGUGCGUAAGGUGGAUUUGAGACAGGCCGCGGCGGCGGUGUUGGCUCAGCGAGGCCGGUAG